AUGGACGAGGACGAGAAGGCUGAUCAUGCCGCCUCUGACAACACCAAAGUGUCCAAACGAGAUCGAUUCAAGGGCGCUCUGGCUCGGACGAAAAGCAAAUUCAAGAAACAUGGAGACAGACAUGAAGAGUCGGACAAUAUCCUCGACGAAGACGUGAACGAGUUUCUGUCUGCUGGUCGCACAUCAACUUCCAGCUGGACUUCUGGCCACGAUCCUCACCCAUCCACCCUUGUUUUGGCGCAUCCAUCGGCCGCACCCGUCUCGAAUGAGCAGUCCUCGUCACGACCGUCCACGGCCGAUUCUCUGGCGAAACCUAAACAAUCGCCUCGCCGGAUCGUGGUGCCACGGAUUGAUGUGUCGAAUUCUCAGAGAUGGCCUGCGGCACGGCCAGUCGUGGCACAGGACUACCAGGACGGCUCGGACUUUCUCCGACCGGCGUACCACACACGCAGUCAGUCUGCUAGUUCAUUGUCGAAGCGGAAAGGUCGUGGUCGAGGCCUGAGUGUUACUUUCAUUGAGGCUCCUCCUGUGGUCAUCGGCGAAGGGGGAGAACAGGCUCUGAUCCCUCCGGUGGAGAUCUCCAAGGCCAGGGCAAGGGCUAGGUCGUUUUCACCUAUGUCCAGUCGAUCCCAGUCCUAUGUACCUCCGACAACGCAUGGCACAAGGUUCGCCAAUCAUCCCAAUGCUCAACAACCCUCCGUCACUCGACAUGAUCCACCGGAUAUACUGCGACCUAGGGGGUUGCGGAGAGUACAGACAGGGAUGUCACCGGCAAAUUCGGCUUCGCAUUUGGACAAAGAAUUCGAAAUGACGCUACGGCUAGGGUCUGGUGUGAAACCCCCAGAUAGUCGAGGUCUAUCUCAUACACCGGAAAUCAUUUCUCCGAGGCCGAUGCGUCCAGUUCGGCCACCACCGCCUGUCUCCGAGAUACCCGAACCUUACGUGAAUAGAGAGUUAGCGAAGGGUGACUCGCGCAAGCAUUCCAAAGAAGGAGACAUCCUCCGCCUGCACCAUGAGAGUGACAUGUCAGAUAAUAUGGACGACGUCAGCCCGGGAGCAGCGUCAAGCAGAGGAACUAGUCUGGAAGAGCAUCAGCCGUCUCAAUGGAUAUGA